AUGUACAAUGCAGAGGCGAACGACGUUGCUGUUGAGUUUGCAGACGCGACGCUAUAUUGGCCGGCGGUGGUGAAGAAAGGCGAGCACGCAAAGUCGAAGCAGACACAUGGCGAUGGCAAUGUUAGCAGCACAGACGCCAAGAGCAACGGAAAGCCCGCUGACGGUGUGAAUGGCAGCAGCAAUGAUGAUGCUGGUGAUGACAACACUGAUGUGUGCGCUCAGAGCACGGGUCGUCGCGUUGGCGAGGAUUACAUCGUCUUGCGUGACAUCAACCUCUCUGUCAAGAAAGGCAAGUCACACAGCACCUGUGCCCUUGGUGCUGCAUGCGAGUUGAUUGGCAUUUGCGGUGCUGUUGGCAGCGGCAAGUCCUCGCUCCUCAGCUCUCUGCUUGGACAGCUGCACAUCAAGAAAGGGCGGGUUGCAAUUGGCGGCAGUGUGGCGUAUGUUGCGCAGCAGGCGUGGAUUCAGUCAGACACCCUCGCCAACAACAUCCUCUUCGAACAGGAGCGCGACGAAGACUUUUACGAGCGUGUGCUCACGGCUUGCAGUCUGCGACACGACAUCACGGUGCUCCCUGCUGGGGAGGAGACGGAGAUUGGGGAGCGCGGGAUCAACCUGAGUGGCGGUCAGAAGCAGCGCAUCAAUCUCGCUCGCGCCGUCUACGCAGACCGCGACGUGUAUCUCUUGGAUGAUCCUCUCAGCGCCGUGGACGCCCACGUUGGCCGGUCAAUCUUCGACAAGUGCAUCAAGGGGAUUCUGGAAGGCCGCACGAUUCUGCUUGUGACGCACCAACUGCAGUAUCUUCCUGCAUGCGACCGCGUGUGUUUUCUGGAGAACAACCGGGCUGCCGUGGGCACACACGACGAGCUGAUGAAGAGCAACACGUCGUACCGCAAGACCAUUGAGCAGCACCGCCGCAGCCAGGAGGAGGAGGAAGAGGAGGAGCAGGAGGCGGUGGUGGUGGAUGGGGACAACGAUGACAGCGGCGAGAAGAAGGCGAAACUCGAAGAAGCGACCAAGAGCGCCGCCGACGUUCAGGAUCAGGGCGAAGCAGCAAAGGACUCUGGAGAAGAUGACGAGAAAGAGAAGAAGGAGAAGAAGAAGGCGUCUGGAAAGCUGGUUGAGGCCGAGGACGUUGGCCAGGGCGGCAUCACGCUGGCUACAUACGCCAACUACGCGCGCGCGGGUGGCGGUGUUCUGCUGUUUCUCUUCAUUCUCCUCCUCUUUGGCUGUGCCAUGUUCUCCAAGGCCUACAGCGACUACUACCUCGGCUACUGGAUCCGGCAGGGCGAUGGCAACAGCACAACGCGCGGUGACCGCGGCGAUCCUUCGGACAACCCAGAUCUCGACAUGCACGCCCUCGUCUACGGCAUGACACUCGUUGCCCUCCUCGCCUUCCAGGGCUUCAAAGGGUUCCUGUUUGUCCGCCAAACCCUCGCAGCAAGCUCCAACCUCCACAAACAAGUCUUUGAGCGGAUUAUCCAUGCGCCCAUGUCGUUCUUUGACACGACGCCGACGGGCCGGAUCCUCAACCGCUUUUCGCGGGAUUUGGACGAGAUUGACGUGCGCCUCCCAUUCGUUGCUGAGCAGUUCCUGCAAAACUCGGCUUUGCUGUUGAUUACGCUGUGCAUGAUUGCGUAUGUGUUCCCGUGGUUUCUGCUUGCGCUCGUGCCAAUCGCCGCUUUCUUCUUCUCUGUUGUCCACUUCUUCCGCCCAACCCAGCGGCAAGUGAAGCGCCUGUCCAGUGCCACCCGUUCUCCUCUCGUUUCCCAGCUCUCAGCAACCUUGCAGGGCAUUCACACGAUUGCGGCGUUUGAGAAGAAAGACGCGUUCCUGACCAAGUUUUUCUCCACGCUGGACCAGCACUCCAAGUGCUUCUUCUUCUUCCACUGCAGCUCCCGCUGGUUUGCCUUUCGCCUCGACUACACAACAGCCAUGAUGAUUCUUGCAACGUCGCUACUAGCUGUGCUGCUGCACGGCCACGUGAGCCCUGAGCUCGCCGCGCUGGCCAUUACGUACGCAAUGUCCAUGGCAGGCAUCUUCCAGUACACGACACGUCUCAGUGCCGAGGUUGAGGCACGCUUCACCAGCGUCGAGCGCAUUCACAGAUACGGCACGGAGACACCGCAGGAGGUUGGCUUUGCUGUCAAGACACCGGGCGAUCUGCCCAAGAACUGGCCUGCGUUUGGCAGCAUCGCCUUUGAUCGCGUCAAGGUGUCGUACCGGCCCGGCCUUCCACCUGUCCUUCGUGACGUCACGCUCAACAUCCGGCCGCGCGAGAAGAUUGGAAUCGUUGGACGAACAGGCGCUGGUAAAUCAACCAUUGCGAUGGUGCUGUAUCGGAUGAUGGAGCUGACCUCUGGUUCCAUCAGCAUUGACGGUGUUGACAUUGCGUCCGUCGAGGCGUCUCUCCUCCGCAGCCGCCUCUCUAUCAUCCCACAGGAUCCCGUGCUGUUUGUUGGUUCCAUCCGCUACAACCUCGAUCCCUUUGAGGAGCACUCCGACGACGACAUCUGGCGCGCGCUCGAGCGCGCGCACGUGAAAGCGCUCGUGUCGUCGCUGUCCCAGGGGCUGCAUGCUCCUGUUGUGGAGAACGGCGAGAACUUUUCCGUCGGCGAACGCCAGCUGCUCUGCAUGGCCCGUGCCCUCCUCAGGCACUCGACCAUUUUGGUGAUGGACGAGGCGACGGCUGCCAUUGACACGCAAACAGAUGCACUGAUUCAGGAGACAAUUCGUGAAGCGUUUCAGGAGUGCACUGUCCUGACCGUCGCGCAUCGCUUGAACACGAUUCUGGACUCGGAUCGCAUCCUUGUCAUGGAUGGGGGUCAAGUUGCGGAGUCACUUCGCCGCCCCAGCUCAUCUACCACCCAGACUCCCACUACACUUACGUGA